AUGGCUAAGCGCAAGAACGACGAUUCCGCGAGUUACCUUCAGCAGCCCGACACCAUCACCACCGACCGUAGCGAAAGCAUGCAGCCAUCUUUGACCGCCUCAUCUUCCGUCUUCGAGAACCACACCUCCACAUCUGUGGCUCCGUCGCAGAUACUCGAGCCUUCUCAGUCAUCUGGCGCUGCGGGUGCUGCUCCUCAGCAGCCGCAGGCCAUCAUUAACCAGGCGUAUAACGGUCCUACCAAGCGCACAAAGGUCACCGACCAUAAGGCUGCAGUGUUGUCUGUCUUAAACGCUGAGAUAUCCCUCAUGAAGAGCAAAGUGUCUACCCUGGAGGCGGAGAAUGCUGCUAUCAAGGCCGAAAAUGCCGAACUCCAGGCCGAGAACACCGAACUCGAGGCCGACAUCGCCGAACUCGAAGCCAGAAACGACAAGUUCAAAAGCGAGUAUAUUCAUCUCGAGGCGUUAGACAAAAGCCCCAGGCACAGGAAUGCCUACCUUGAGGCCCAAAACGAUAAGCUCAAGACACAGAAUACCAAGCUUCAGGCUCAGUGUGACAAGCUUCAGAGGGAUAAGCUCAAGGAAACCAAGCUUCGCGACCAAUAUGCUAAAUUCGAGGCCGAAUAUAGCCGCGUUGAAGCUAAAGAACACAAGCUCAGGACCCGAGUCUCCUCAGCGAAGAAACACAUCAAGAAACUGCAAGAUGAGGCUUCCUUCAAGCAAGACAACCGCACGAGAGCCACUCUCAACCAAGUGCAGAAAAUCGUCGACAAAGUCGAACAGGAUCUCAGCAGCUACGCCAGAUCGAAGAAAUAUCGCCCCGGCCAUUUGCUCGGCGUGUAUGAAUCUGCAAUGAAGUUGUGCGACUUGCUUUUUAAGACAAAUGGCCUCCCCCGCCCUCCCAAGCGCAGCGGCGCAGCGAUAUUGUCCGAGGACACGGACCUCUCAGACAGCGGCAGUGGCAGCGAUUGGCCUAGCGACAGCGACGAUGACGAGGACGGCUACGAAACCUGUGAUUGUGGUGAUAGAAUUGAUGACGACGAUGAUCGCAUCCAGAUACACUAUCAUCCAUCCGUUUAG